CAUGGCGGGCACUGGAGGUUCAAAUCAGCCUGCUGCGAAACCGGAUAGCUUUGGAAAUAGAUCAUUAUGGCAGCUAAUAAAUGGAACAGGAGUUCUGCGUCCGAAGGAAUUGGUGUCCAGAGAACUAACAAGGAAUGGAAAAAAGAUAUUAGAAGGCAUAUCUUUUUAUAAAAAGCCAGUAACUAUAGCAGGAGAACAACUGAAAGGGAAGAAACUCUCCAAGCUACACAAAGACCUCGUUCAAAAGAUCAGUCAGUUUUUGGGACUUGAAGAGUUACAAAGCUUGGAUCUUUUCAGCUCUUUCCUAUCUAAUGAUUACAGAGGAUCUCAGAAAAACCUGCAGCACAUCCUCAACAAUGAGCGUCACACACAGGCCUUGGUGUACAAGAUCCGGGACUAUUACUUUACGGAGAGACUUUACUUGCUACAGUGUGUGAAGGUUGUCAUAAACUUCUGGCAGGAUGAUGACCAUCCCUACAAGGAGGAGCUUGAACAGUUUAUGAGAAGGCUGACAACUGAUUCAGAUAUUAUGGAAAAGAUAUUAGAUCAAUUUAAAGGAUGUAUCAAGGAACAGUUGCCUACCUGGGAGACCAAUGGAACUAUGAUGACGGAGAGACAGGCUCAUGUAUGGGCUCAUCAGAAUUUGUUGGAACAGUGUGAGUUACUGGAAAUUUUGGUGAUUUUCUUGAAGGACCUGGAAAUAAACACCGACCAGGCCAUCAACUUGGUGGAAAUGUUUAAGCGGCAUGGUUUCGGCAGACAUCAGAAGUACAAGCACAUUCUGGAGGAUCCAGCUGAGCCUUUUAUCAAGAAGAUUGGUCAUUUGGAGAUGUUGAUAUUAUUAGAAACCCUUGACCUGGAGAUGGUUCAUGGUUGUAUACACUUGGGCAGUUUUGAUGGACAUUCCAUUCUUAAAGAUCCAAGUUCAUUUAAGAGACUAGAUGAGGUGAUUCAGACUCUAGGGUCGGACCCUUCCCAUGGUCCUUUGCUGCUCUCCUGGGUGGCUAUUCGUAUGGUAUAUCCCACAGAGACAGACAAUGCUGUCACCAGGAAGAUGGGUAAUAGUGCUCUGGCGCUGCGUGUGUUUGAUGUUCUGUAUGAAAUCCUCAACACUGAGCCAUUUACCAGCAAAACAUCUUUUGUGUCAUCUGUAGCCCACUACAUAGUGUAUAACAUGCUGGUGAACUUACUCUCCGCAUUUGAUGAGGAUUCCUUAGGGGGCGAGAGAGAAAUCAAGGUGCUGUAUGCAAAUAUUUGUAAACUGCUGAAACAAGAAUUUGUAGCAGAAGAUUUCUGGAACAAGGGCCUGGAGGAAGGUUUAGGGUCUGUAUUUCAUUCCUCACGUCUCAAGUUCCCCUUGGAUUUUGGUAACCUGGUCCAAUUCAGCACCUCCUUGGCCUUGUCGGGUAUGGACAGUGCUAGGAAGAUUGUAGAAGUUUGGAGAAAGCUUCCAUGUUAUACAGAGUUCCUGGAUAGAAAUAGUGUAUCAGAUAUAAACCAAACCAAGGAUCCACUCAUAUGGCAGCUGGCGAGAAACAAAAUCCCUUACCCAGGAGGCAGUUUUAAGAUAGAUGCUGGAUCAUUUGGACAGUGUUUGCCAGGAAAGCGAGACGAUACUGAAAGCCCUAUCAUACAGUGGGAUGUUGAGUUCAAUGGCUGGGAACUUUUGUUGUGCGAGAUAGAAACACUGCUACAACAGAUAUCACUGGGUGCAGGAAUGGUCUCACUAGUCCAGGUAUCUAGGGUGACUCUUAUAGUGGAGAUGGUGGGAGCUGUCCUUGGAGCUUACCCUGAGUCUAUGGAGGAACUCGACCAGAUCAUUGAAUGUCUGUAUCAGCUUAUUCACAGGUUUGCUAGCUUUAAUCCACCACCACUUGACCUGAUGACAUCAUGUAUCCAGUGUCUGACCAGUGUGGCAAGAAAACACCCUACCAAGGUUUGGCAUAACAUGAAGCAGACCGGGAUGGUUCCCUACCUCACAGAAAAUGUGGACAACUUAGCAGAGGUACUCAGUGGCCAGGGUCUUAGUGCAGGCUUAUAUGGAGCUAUCCUGGCAGGAUAUGAAUGUAACCAAGGCCGAUAUCCUGUUACCAUGGCAUUCCUUGACUUUAUCAGCUGCUUCAUAAAGCCAUUUUUCGCAAAGGAGAGGGAGAAUGACCUGAUGGCCCCCAUCCUUUAUUUUUUACGAGAAGUGUUCCCUGUGUUCCAGAAGUGGCGUUAUUACAGCUCAGCAAAGAGGGAGACCAUUGGGCAAAAGUGUCUUGACAUAUUUCACCAAAUCCUGACGUUUUUGACCGAAAACAGGAAAAAGAAGUCCAACAGACCUCAUCUACAGGAAGUGUGUGUGUACAGUCUGUUGUUUACGGAGGCUGGCCGUUCACUUCUGGAGCUCAUUGCCAUGGGAGCAGACACCAUAGAAAUGGCUCUCCUACAACAGGGAAGUUUUGUGGAAGCUGGUACAGGAGCAGAGAUGAUACAGCUGGUACAGAUGUCAUUCUCCGUCCUAAAUCGUCUGCUGCUUCUGAAAUCUCCUGAUCAGCCGCUGUCCCCAUUGGAGAGUGCCCUGUCCUCACAGCCUGCGGGGAGACAGACACAACACAUUGUAGCCACCAUUGCCAGUUACAUUUAUCACAAACACAAUCCAAGACUGCCUGCUCUUGCCUGUCUUCUCCUCAAACGAUUGGCUCUGGUGUCACGAAUGUCCAUCUUGGCAUGUCUUGGUGGCGAUGCAGAGACCAUCAGGGACAUGUACCUCUCUCGUUUACAUGCUGUCACAGAGGAUCUGCGUCUGAAGGUAGUUAUCCUUGAGCUGCUCUCUGUUUGUGUGGAGGCCCAGCCAGGCCUUAUAGAGAUCUUCCUUAAUGUCCAGCCAGCUGAGUCCUCCAUAGCAAUGGGCUCAGAUACAUCUACAUCACGCGCCAAUAAAAAGGAUUUAUCAUUGGGUAAAACUAGCUGUCUCCAGACAGUACUAGAUCUGAUGGAUGUUAAGAAGCAGGGCGAGUACAUGUGUCCCCCAGAUCUGCUGUGUGCCUGCAUGGACUUCAUACACGCUCUGUGGGCAGGGCUUAGGGACACUGCCAUGUCUGUACUCAGAGCAAGGGCCAACUUUUGGCUGAGUGUAUCUGCCCCCCUGAUGAGAAACUUGCCGGCCCCUGGAGAGGAAGACGAUUCACAGAUUGCUGUGCCCGAUCAGGUACGAACAAUUGCCUUUGUUUUGAGGAUACUUUCAGAGGAGAUAUACACUGUUACCAGUGCAAAGCUUGACAGCAAAUUGAAAAAGGUUUUAACUGAUAUCAGUGAUGCAAACCGCUGGAAGUAUUGGUCUAGUUACAUACGAGACAGGGUGGUGGCACAAGCAGAGAAAACUGAGUCAGAAUCUUCAACAGACAACCUGGCAGAUCACCCAACUCUUCAGCUCCUCAUGGCCUGGAAAAACUUUGUGAUAACCAUUGCUAAACUUAAGAUUGAUGAGUUGAAGAUGAACAACAGUCUAAAAGAAGUGAUCAUGGUGGACUUAAUAGAAGGUCUACAGGCUCUGGUUGUGGGUGAUUUUUCUGCACUCAACAUCAAACUGGCACAGAUAUCAAGUGCUUUCCUCUUCAACCUGAUCAAACUUUGGACCAGUUCUCUGAGUAACCAGACAAGGAUGAUUAAGGAGCUACAGGCAGCUAUAGUUCAUACUCUGUCUAAUAGUAAAACUCUGAUCCCGCCGAUUCAGGUGGGACUGCUGGGAAGUAUCACUGCCAUCAUACAACACACUCGACUCAGCUCAGUCGUAGAAAUGAGCCCUGACAAGUACCUGUCUGUCAUCCUCCCUACUACAUGUGCAGUCCUUCUUCAGAGCACCCGCCAGCUCCCUUCUCCACAAGACCUUGUUGAUCAGAAGGACACACAAGGAGAACUGGCAGCUGGAAAUAUAAGAUUGAAGAUGCAGAUUGUGACUUGUUGUCUGCUGGAGGAGCUCAUCCUACAGUGUGACAGGAGUGAGAUGUGGCUACCUGUUCUACAAGAACACUUCAUCCUGCCCACACUCAUGGCCUCCAUGGAAGUCUUCAUCAAGGGUAAACAAGCUGUACACUAUGUCCAGACUGUCUUUCUGCUACUGUUGACCAUUGCCAAAUACAACAAGGGUGCUGAAGCUCUAGCUAUGAGUGGUGUUACACAGUAUACCUGUCUGUCUAUGAUAUCUUUGUAUCAAGAUAGUGACCUUUUCGCCAAACCAGGAGCUCCUGCUAGGAAGGAUGUGGGUGAACUUCAUCAGAAUUCCAGGGCCACCUGGCAUGGUAUAUACUGUAUUUGUGUAGAAAUGUAUGCCACUGUACUGUCUGCCCUGAAGUACUCCUUCCUCGAGGAUGCCCUCCACUUUGUUGGUGCUCACCAGGACCGGAUGCAGCAGUGUCUGGAGCUGUCACGAAUCACAUUGACUCCUGGAGCCCUGUAUGAGGCAGAAAAGACAUGUGACUUUAUUCACCAACUGUCACACUUUGCGCGGGAAUGGAGGCUGCAUCUGUCGGACUCGCUCGUCAAACUUCAGACAAGCAUGGUUUACAUGAGUCAGUCCUUCAUAGCAUUCCUCAUUUGGCCAACAUAUCUACAGCAUAUAAUAGAGCAACACAGUGGUCAAAAAGGUCAAACCAGAGAAAGGACGUCUACCUCCCCGAAACAACCACGUCUACAGGCUCAGUCCUCUAUGGAGGACAUUGAUACGCCGUCAUCUCAGCUACUCCACACACAGCACAGGAUGCUGACUAUUCUAGGAAUGAGUUUUUCAUCUUUAAGACAAUUUACACCAGAUCUACUGGAAAUUCUGUAUGAACAGAGUAUGGAUUACAGUGAAUAUGAACCAUUUCUGGCGCUGGGCUUCAGUGCGCCCUCAGUGGACCAAGACAGCACACCCACAUUUGGUACACUGACCACGUGUGUCCGUGAUGUUUGUGUCAAAUUUCUUACUAAGUUGGAGCCUAAGCCAGGAUCUUCUCCUCAGAGAUCAGUCUCUCCAGUCAAUGCCAUUAGUCAGAUCAUCCCAAAGAGUCUGGUGCUGUAUGUAAUGGAGAAUGCCCUAUACAUCAUCAUGUCUCAGGCUACACGGUAUCUACGAGACCCUCAGCUCGUUUCAACAGAUAAACAGCUGCUGAAGAGAGAACUAGGCACUGAAAUGAAUUACUUUUUGAAGGAGCUUGAACGUUAUCUGAGAAAAGGAACACCGGCAUCCCCUAACACCAGUUCAAACAGUCUCAGUCCACGGACAGCCCAAUCAGGAGCUCCUCUCCUGGGACGCUCCAUCUCACAAACAUCAUUUGCAAUCAGUCAAGAAACAGAGUUCUUCCGAUUUGUGCGGGAGUAUGUAACACAGGUGCUAAAGUAAAGCAUCAGAGAUAAAUCUUUUCAUGUUUCCAUGUUGUGUGCAUCAGACUGUGCUGGCAGUUCAAACACUGGCGAUUUUCUGGUUUUUACAUGAAUUGUCAGUGAAAAUGAAGGUUGAAGUACCUUAAUAUCACAGCAUAAAAUAGAGGAAGAUGUGGAACAUUGAAAUACUUUAACUUCUGUUGUGAAGACUAUCAACUCUACUUCAACAACAAAAAGAGGUCAACUGAGUAUGGCAGAUUGUCCAUUCUACUUUUCCCCUCAGAGUAUCCAUUGGAAAUUUCAGAAUAUUUAAUCAAUGUUUGAAAUAAAAAUGUAGCAUGAAUAUGAAUGAGAGCUUAAGUAAAUCAGUAUGUAUAAUGAAAGCUGUGUUUACAAUAAGUCUGUUUCAGAUAACAGAACAACGGUAUGUAAGGGUGAUGUGAGGAUGUGAGAAAGAAGGAGUGGUGCAAUUAAUAUUUCUUAUCUUUAAUGAAUGAGGUAUUACAUGUUAAGAUUGUAAGGAAGUGCUAUGAUUGUUUUGAAAUUCCACAUUUUAUAACAAUUGAUGUUUAAAAAGAAAGUAAAAAUUAAGUUGGAUUAAACUCCUACAAAACAGUGCUUUCAGUGUAGUUUCUGUUAACACAACACUAAGGUCAUG